AAUCGAUGUUUUGACAGCUCUAAUACGUACCGUAUACAGAAUAUUAUAUUGGUAAAAAAAAUUUUGGUUAGAUGCUGCUCUUUAAACCUGUCGAGUUUUACUUGGACGCCCAGUAGCUAUAACUUUUGGGGGAGGUCUCUGCCAAGACCCAGGCAUGUCUAGUUCGAACGGAGGCGUGGCAUCAGGGGGCCCUGGAAGCAGCGGCGGCGGAAGCGUCGCGUCGCCCGGGGAUUGGAUUUGCCCAGAUUACGACUGUCGGCAUCUGAAUUUCGCCCGUCGUUUGCAGUGCAACAAAUGCGACCGCGACCGCGAUGGCAGUGAUAAGCCGGAGCGGGAUAGAGACCGAGAUCGUGGCAACGGAAGCAGUAGCAGUAGCAGCAGCUCCAGCAAGAAGAAGCUGGGUACUGAGAUCGGCAAGGCGGCGGCCGACAAGUCGCGGGGUUUGUUUAGCGCCGAGGACUGGCAGUGCAGCAAGUGUGCCAAUGUAAACUGGGCCCGUCGCCAGACCUGCAACAUGUGCAACGCUCCCAAGUUCUCGGAUGUAGAAGAGCGGACUGGAUUCGGCGGUGGUUACAACGAUCGCGGUGUGGUGGAGUAUAAGGAUCGUCAGGACUCUGAUAGCGAGUACGAUGAGUUCGGGCGCCGUAAAAAGCGGAAGCAUAGCGAGCAUCGAGAUGAUUUCAAGCGCGCCAGGAAGACAAGUCGAGAUGAGAGAAACGAUGAGGAAGAGGAUGAAGACGAAGACGAGGGAGAUGACGAGGAUUUGUCAAAGUACGAUCUAUGGGGUGACGACGAGGUCACUUCUACGGAUGUUAAGAGCAAAGAGGCCACAGGAAAUGGCGACAAGGAGCGCAAGCGUACCUCUCGCGACUCCACCUCUUCCGUGACCUCCUCGUCGUCAUCUAGUUCGUCCAGCUCUAGCGACACUUCUUCGAGCAGCUCAAGUAGCUCCAGUAGCGGCGGUAAGCGGAAAACCGGAUCGCCCGGUAGACGCUAACUGCAAACCGUACCCUUUAGGAUCUUCUUUCUAAUUUCAUCUGUUUUUACACAUUUAUACAAGGCAAUUUUUACUGCCUGAUUAUUUAUUUGCCAGUCUGCGCUCAGAUGAUCAUGACAUAUGGUACGAUGUCCAGUCUACUGUAAAAGUAUAAUAAAACAUAUUAUUUAAGAACAUCAGCAUUUACAUUUAUUGUAAGACACCGUAAGAUUAAAUAAUCGGGCCUAAUUGAA